UUCUUCGACAACAACAGCUAGUCAGACACCUCGGUAGCUUUCUAGCAAACACAGCUACAACAUUCACGCUCUUUACACUGUUUUGGUGUAUAUUAGUCGCUGUGUAUUAAACACACUUCUGUUGUAUGUACUUGUUGGCCCAUUUAAUUAUAUAUUUACGUUGUUUGUCAGCUAGCUGGUUUGCUAAGUUAGCUUAGAACUAAGCUAGUCGCUAAUGCUAGCUAGCUAACAUUUCCGACCAUGAGUUCACUAAGCUACUCUCCUCCUGCUACAGAAGUGGAGGUCUGCUGGACGGAGAAAGAAGCUUUCGUCAAAGAGGAGAAGGAUGUUACAAUACAAAAACAAGUAGAGGGUGAGGCUGUUAAGGUGAAAGAAGAAGAGAAAGACGUUACAAUGAAAGAAGAGGAAGACGCGUUCAGAGUAAAAGAAGAGGAAGAGAAAGAGGAGGAUGCAGUUUUUGGAGUGAAAGAGGAGGAGGGGGAGAUGACUGUCACAUUGGAGGAAGAAGAGGAGGUUGGAGAUCCGUUUAACCCCAGAGAAAGACCAGACUCUCCCUCUGACAGCAGGAAGAGUCCUUCAGGGGAACCAGACCCAGAGAUGCCCAAACCAGCCAAAGGACAUCACUGCUCCCACUGCGGAAAGAGUUUUACUAAGUUACGAAACCUAAAAGAGCAUGAGAGGACACACACAGGAGAAAAGCCUUUCCAAUGUUCCCAGUGUGGAAGGAGUUUUAGUCAGUUAGGGUGCCUGAAAAUACAUAAGAGAAUACACUCUGGAGAGAAGCCUUACCGCUGCUCCCACUGUGGAAUUACUUUUACCUGGUUAGGAAGCCUGAAGUCACAUGAGAGAAUACACACAGGAGAAAAGUCCUACCAUUGUUCCCACUGUGGAAAGAGUUUUAGGUGGUUAGAAGGCCUGACAAAGCAUGAGAGGACGCACACAGGAGAAAAGCCCUACCAAUGCUCCCACUGUGGAAAGAGUUUUACUCAGUUGGGGAACCUGAAAUCACAUCAGAGGAUACAUACACAGAAGGAGAAGACCUACCACUGCUCUCAUUGUGAGAAGACAUUUUCCCAGUCAGAGGACCUGAAAUCACAUGAGAGAAUAGAGAGGCUGUGUUCUGACUUAUGUUUUUGACUGAGAAUUUGUGUUUUUGUUCAUGCCAAAUGAAAUCCUAUUGUUUAUAUGAAAUCAUUAAAAAAACACCUUUACUUUUGUUUUUUUUCUCUGUAGACCUGAUUAUGUCAGAUAAAAUAUUUUAAAAUAUGUAUUUUUUUUCUUCUUAUUAGCCUCGAUUGAUUGGAUGCAAAAUGUCAACCCUAUGAUGUUGUUCAUUAUAUUAUUUGCAAAAUGUAAAUUAUAUAAGUAAGUAGCCUUCUAGAACAGCUCAUAGAAACAGGAGCCUUGUCUUGUAUGAUCCAGAACGUCUGUCUGACAUUGUGAGAGUAAUAAGGAAAAUAUUUUUAGUUUUCAUUGUAUUUCCAUAUCUUGACAGGCUAUAUAUAAUUUGACCGCAUCAAUGCAUUUCUAACGAUUACAAUCUGUAUAAAGUCCAGUAAUUUGUUACAUUAGAGGCACGUGUGAAAGGUAAUCCAUUCUGUAAAUACUGUUAAAAGACUAAGAGAUAAUACAUUUUGAAAUGGAAGGAGAGAUGUCUGAUCUGCUCUGUUGGAACAUUUUGCCACACUGCCAUAGACGCCAUCACACAACAGGUUGAAGUCAAAGAGGGGUUUCUUUGACAUGAUGUCAUCAAUGGGUUCCCAAAUAUGAGCAGAAGAUGCUGCUGAAUGUGUGGCCAUGACUCACGACUCAUUCAGUUCUGCAGAACAGCAGUGUGUUGCCUAUACCCUUACAGGAGGAAGCUGUUGAGGGUGGAUGGCUUAUUGAGGAGUGUUGUCUACUCAUUCAACGUAUAUUUACCUUCUUGCUAAAGCAACUUGAGUUAUAAUAGUCCUCUCUCUGUGUUCUUACUGGCUAAUCUCUCUGUGUUCUUAUUGGUUAAUCUCUCUGUGUUCUUAUUGGUUAAUCUCUCUGUGUUCUUAUUGGUUAAUCUCUCUGUGUUCUUAUUGGUUCAUCUCUCUGUGUUUUUAUUGGUUAAUCUCUCUGUGUUCUUAUUGGUUAAUCUCUCUGUGUUCUUAUUGGUUAAUCUCUCUGUGUUCUUAUUGGUUCAUCUCUCUGUGUUCUUAAGCCACAACGGAGACAAAUUAAAGCUGUACUCAAGUUGUACUCAAACUUUGACACGAGCACCUCUAUUUCAGUCUCUGAAAAGUUUUAUUUUUUCAUCGCUUUUUUUGUUGUUGAUUGUGUCAUAUUUCAUGGUACGGUGUUGUAUAUUUCCCCCGUGGGCUUUAUCAAAGGGAUGAUUUUGACCAUAUAUGGUUAAUUAGGGGCAUUUCGAAAUGCAAAUAGCCAAGGUGGUGCAGUAGCACUGAAGCUCAGAACAAUUUGUAUUUUAUUAAUGGUUAUCUCCUACCAGUGUGCUGUGACACUCGUAGGGUUGUUUGACAAAUCACACCUUUUCUAUGCCUACAAACAUUCUAAAUUCCAUUCGAAAGUAGUAUUUGGAAUAUAUAUAUAUAUAUAAUAUAUAUAAUAGUUUCUACACAAUAUUGAUACAUGAGGCUCCAGGACUCUUCGCUGGCCACUCCAGAACAGAACACUCCAGAACAGAAGACUCCAGAACAGAACACUCCAGAACAGAACACUCCAGAUUUGAUUUGAGUUCAGGGUUGUUGUCCUGCUGGAAGACCUACAACCUUCAACAGAGACACAGACGUCAAUUCAAUGUCUAGCAACUGGAACGAGCUGCAGAAAACAGUAAAACUGGACAGUUUUAUUUCUUCAUUCAAAUACUCAAUCAUGGACACUCUUACUGACAGUUGAGGCUGCUUCGUGUGAUGUAUUGCUGUCUCUACCUUUGUGCUGUUGUCUCGGCCCAAUAAUGUUUGUACCAUGUUUUGUGCUGCUGCCAUGUUGUGCUGCUGCCAUGUUGUGUUGUCAUGUGUUGCUGCCUUGCUAUGUUGUUGUCUUAGGUCUCUUUAUGUAGUGUGGUGUCUCUCUUGUCGUGAUGUGUGUUUUAUCCUAUAUUUUUAUUCAUUUUUAAUCCUAGUCCCCGUCCCCGCAGGAGGGCUUUUGCCUUCUGGUGGGCCUUCAUUGUAAAUAAGAAUUUAUUCUUAACUGACUUGCCUAGUUAAAUAAAGGUUAAAAAACACACUCUA